UAGGAUAGGAUAGAGAUAGCGAUGUUAGUAUUAAUACAGCUGUCUCUCAUAUGUAGCCGAGUUGUUCACUUGUAAACGAAUUGUCGACACCAUGAAGCGGUCACAGAAGUUAGGCUUGAUUAUGACAGCAGUGUCAUUGCUGCUAGUGUGUAUUACCUUCUGCACUCCUGGCAUGUACAUCGUCCGUAUUGCUAAGGACAAGAAGGUGCAGACAGAACAAGAGGUUGUCGUAACGGUCGGGAACACAACCGUCCGUCGUUAUGAGCCAGUCACCAUCUCCAUACCAACGUCUGUGACGUUGUCGUGUGGUCUCUGGUACUUCAGCGCCUGUGUUCCUAACUACUGUGACGUCCACUCUUACCAACAUGCCAAACACGCUGCCAGACACUUUGACGAAGCGCUACAAGGCAUGGAUAUGGACAAGAUAUAUGACCAUCUCGGAGAAAUCGCCAAGUUCGCUUUUACAGAGUUCCAGGUGGAGAUAACUGUCUCAAUGGUCUGUCUGGUCAUCUCACUCGUAACGACGAUGUGUUACUUCCGGGGACGUAUGUCCCGGAGAUGUUUGGGACUCACUGCCUUUAUCACCACGCUCCUACCAGGUAUUCUUCUCGCUGUGGCAACUGCAAAGUGCGUGGCACUGAUCCUCAUGUCACGUGUCCUCCUCGGCAGCGCCUUUGACUUCGACAUGAGUAAAGUCGCCUUCCGUUUCCCUUACAGUCUUCUCCUUUCUGCAAUAGCUGCCUUCUUUCUUUUUGGAUCCUCUUUGUCUCUAUUAUUGACCAUCACCGACAAGAAGACGCUUCUGUCUGACAAGGCGUCGUAUAGUGUGAUGUGCAACGAAAAGUCCCGAGAUAUUCCGAGCAAUAUGGUUUCUCCUGCUGACAGUUCUCUUCCUAUCAGCGUUGGCAUUUCACAUUUCAACUGAGACGAAAUAACUGAUGAUAAAGAAUCGCUAAAGCAUCAUAUAUAAUAAAAAAAACGCUCAUGAAUUUC